AUCUUUUAUGCUUUCAACAUAAGUAUUCAAUUCGUUCGCUUAAAGACAAAGUAAUGGUAUCAUUAAGUUAUUGGCGUACGGAGUCUUCUUUGGAGGAGCAUAUGGAUGUGCUUGGCAUCAAUGGAAGGGUGCUUAAUAAAAAUAAUUAUAUGAGAAAGUAGAAACUGAGAUUACUGAAUGGAAACCAAUAACAAUCAAUGGUCUUAAUGCUAAUAGAUAUCCUUGGGCACGUAAUAUUAGAUAAUGGGAGUAUAAAUUAGUGAAAUUGUAUGGAUAUUUCAGAGUAAUAAAUAAAUUGCUAUCAUUUCUUAGGAUGAAAGAUUUUUUGUAAGAAGAGAAAGAGAAGGAAGAGAUGGUUUCUUAGUUUUUGCUCCAUUUGUAACAGCUUUAUAAUUCAAUGAUACAGAAUAAGAUCCAGAAUAAACUACUAAAUCUCAGGUGAUGGUAAAUUUAGGUUGGGUGCCUAAAGAUAAUAUAAGUGAUAUUCAAAUGGGAUAAGAGCCUAUUGGAACAACAGUAAUUUUAUGUAAAUAUAAAUUAGACCUUUGAAAAUGUUCCUCAUAAUGAAGAUGACGAUUAAUUGACAGGAUUCAAUAGAAAUGUAUUAAAUAUGGAAGAAGAUUAUUAAAUGCCUUUUGUUGAAUUUGUUGGAAUGGUAAGAAGAGGAGAAGAAGAGGAUAUUUUGAAGGGACGUAGAAAUUGGCCAAGAGAGGGAGUGUAUAAUUAUAUUGAUUUGUGGUUCAUGUCAAGAUUAUACAGAUCAUUUAAUUUGGUAUAAUGAUGAAAACUAAUAUUGUAGACAGAUUGUUCAUCUGCAUACAUUGAAAGAUUGGUGCAAGAAUAUGAUGAAGAAUCAGCUAAUUUAUAUCCAAUUCCUGCUACUAAAGACAACUUUGAUAAACCUUUGCCUACUCCACAAACACAUUAAGCAUAUUCAUUAUUUUUUGGGCUAUCUUCAAUAAUGUCGUUAGCCUUAUUAGCCAUAAGAAGAUGAUUUAUUAAAUAUAGUAUAUAAAACAAAAUAUAUAGCCUUUAAAAAAAA